CCACAAGGAUGAUUGUUCUCUUCUUACUGAUUUUCAGAGGCGAUGCACUUCUUCAGUGGAUUUGGGACUUCAUAUAUGCGGAACAUCAUGUGCUCCUCAUGUCACCCCACAUAAGCGUGUGCGCAGCUUUUAGCACUCAUCUCAUCUUCUCUGCUCCCUUCAUGCUUCUGGAUGUGUUCAGUCCAUACGUGGGAUGGCUCCAUAAGUACAGGAUAUGCCGUGAAGUCGUUGGCUUGCAUCAGUGGUUUCGAUGUGCUACUCGAAUUUUAUGGAAAUACGUGGUUGGCGUUUUACCGUUAACUGCGCUGUUUCUGUCGGUACGGCGCACGCAUUUCCCGGAGAGAGCACCGUCUUGUUUCCAUGCCUUCAGGGAAUGUGUAUCGUGCAUGCUCAUAUUCGAUACGCUCUUCUUCUUUUGUCAUUACACCAUUCACAAAACUCCCUGGCUGUACCACAACGUCCACCACAUUCACCAUCAGAACAGGGACACUUUUGCUCUGGCAGCUCAAGACUCCAGUAUUUCUGAACUGCUGUCUCUACAAACCCUUGCAUUUAUAAGUGCCAUGCUUGUGGGCUGCCACCCUUUUAGCGAAAUCCUUUUCCAUCUGGUUAACACCUGGUUGGCUGUGGAGGAUCACUGUGGAUAUGACUUUCCUUGGUCCCUGCAUCGGUUGUUGCCGUGCUUUGGCGGGGCACCGUACCACCUGGCCCACCAUCAGCACUUUAAAGGGAACUUCGCCCCUUACUUCAGACACUGGGAUUACAUCUUUGGGACCUCAUUGCCCAUUUCAGUGAAUGAGAGAGGCCAUAGAUAG